UUCUCAACGCGAUACUCCUUAUACUCAAGGCGAGACAUCAAGCGGUAAGUCUAGGCAUUCUGUCUAAACAAUUCAAUCUACAAAUGGAGUUGUCAUACAGUGCGUUCAGACAUUCAGUCUAGACAAUUAUCUCUACUAUGCAAUAUAAGUUUUAACAGAUAUCAUUAAAUUUUCAAACUCAUUCGUACAAUAAGACGAAUGAUUUUGAAUGUGAUAAGAGGAUUUAGGAUAAAAAAAUCCUCAGGUGAAAACAAUUUUGGCUUGAAGGGUACGACAUCACCAAAACUAACAUAUUUAUUUAAAAGAAGGAAGUAAUUAGUUGAAAAAGCAUAAUUCUUUGUUAAGAAUAUAAAAUGAUAAGAGAAGACAUAAUAAGAAAAUGUAAACCUUAACAUAAAAAAACGCACUUAAAGACAGCAGUAGACGGAGUACCUAACGGCUUUUCUUAAUAAUAUGAUUUAAAUACUACUUUGCUUUUUCUUCCCAAAAAUAUAAAUAAAUUCAAAUAUUACAUCUAUACUUUGGUAUUAAAAUAAUUAUUUUGAUCCCUAAUAUUUUUCUAACCUUUUUUUUUUCAUUUUGUUUUUUAUGUUAUGAUUCUUCAUUUUCAUCAAUUUAUUUAAAACAAUGGCUAUUUUGGACUAUUCAUUUGUAUUUAAAAACAUAAAUGAAUGUUAUAAACCAAAGUCAUAAACAUGAAGCUAAUAUAAUUACUUAAACUUAAUUAUAAAAACAAAAUAGAAUUUUGGUCUAAGUUUAGUGUAAUAUUUAUAUAUUUGGUUAUUAAGUUACAAAAUAUUAAAUUCUCAUCACGUUAAAUGUUGAGUUUGAAUUUCUUUUAAUAUCUCAGUUUCAAAAUAUGAUAAUUUUAAUUUAAAAAUUUAAGUUUUAUUUUAAUUUAAUAGUUGGAAGAGUAAGAUUAUUGAUUUUUGAGUUUAAAAGAAUUAUAGUUAAUUAAUUUUAAAAUUUUAAAUGGAAAUUAAAGGAUAAUUAUUGUAAAUGUUAAAAUUAUUGAAAAUAUUUGGUUGAAAGAAAAAAGAAAAGGAAAAAGAAAAGAAAAAGAGUAAUUGAGAAAUGAUUUAAGAUAGGCUUAUUCAUCUUCUUCUUCUUCCUUCCUCCCUUCAUUCUUUCACUUAUCUGACACAUUUUUUUUGUUUUUGUUUGUGAGGAAAGUCUGCAAUGAACUUUUUCCAUUUCUCCCUCAAUUCUUGUUUGUCUCUUUUCCCCCAAAAGCUUCUCUCCUUUUGAUUCUCUUUUUCCCCCAAAAUCAUCCGUCCAUCCACCAUGCUUCGUAGCUUAAUCCCUCAUUCCCCCAUCAAUUCCACUUCCAAUUCUCCUUCCUCCAUGAAGUCCAAACGCUCCGAUCACGACCACGAUCACGAUCCCGACUCCAACCCCUCCACCGCCGCCGACUCCUCCCCGGACCACCCUCCCUCCAAGCGCCUCAAUUCCCGUCACGACCACGACCACGACCACGACCCUCCUCCUCCCCUCGACCCCACUGACUCCACCGGUUUGCGUUUGCUCGGCCUUCUCCUUCAAUGCGCCGAGUGCGUUGCCAUCGAUAACCUCCAAGAGGCCAACGAUCUCUUACCGGAAAUCUCCGAGCUCUCCUCGCCGUUUGGAACCUCUCCGGAGCGCGUCGGCGCCUACUUUGCCCACGCGCUUCAAGCUAGAGUCAUAAGUUCCUGCUUAGGAACUUACUCGCCCUUAACCAUUAGAACACUGAAUCAAACUCAAUCGCAGAGGAUUUUCAACGCUCUUCAAUCUUACAAUUCCAUCAGUCCGUUGAUUAAGUUUUCUCACUUCACCGCUAAUCAAGCCAUCUUCCAAGCCUUAGACGGUGAAGAUCGAGUCCACGUUAUCGAUCUCGACGUAAUGCAAGGUCUCCAAUGGCCUGGAUUAUUCCACAUCCUCGCUUCUCGGCCAAAGAAAAUCCAAUCCCUUCGAAUCUCCGGCUUCGGAUCCUCUUCCGAUUUGCUCCAAUCAACAGGACGAAGACUCGCCGAUUUCGCAACAUCUCUAGGUCUACCCUUCGAAUUCCAUCCUGUGGAAGGCAAAAUCGGGAACAUAACAAACCCGGGUCAACUGGAAUUGAGAUCCGGGGAAGCAGUAGUAGUUCAUUGGAUGCAUCAUUGCUUAUACGACGUAACGGGAAGCGAUAUAGGUACGCUUCGAUUACUUUCAAAUCUAAAACCAAAACUAAUCACUAUUGUUGAACAAGAUCUGAGCCAUGGAGGUAGUUUUUUAGGAAGAUUUGUAGAAGCUUUACAUUAUUAUAGCGCGUUAUUUGACGCGCUUGGUGAUAGUUUAGGGAUGGAUAGUGUUGAGAGACAUGUGGUGGAACAGCAAUUGUUUGGGUGUGAGAUUAGGAACAUUAUCGCCGUUGGUGGACCCAAAAGAACUGGUGAAGUGAAGGUGGAAAGAUGGGGAGAUGAACUCAAGCGGGUCGGCUUUAAACCCCUUUCUCUUCGUGGAAACCCGGCUGCUCAAGCCAGUUUACUUCUAGGAAUGUUCCCAUGGAAAGGCUAUACUCUUGUUGAAGAAAAUGGGUGCCUCAAACUUGGAUGGAAGGAUUUAUCUCUUCUUACCGCCUCAGCAUGGCAGCCCGCAUAACCGAACCCAACACAAUAAUAAGUUUUGUAUUAUAAUUUGGACGCUUAAAAGAAAUAGUUUUUCAUUACAUUACAUUUCGGGCGUCCAAAACGCUCUACCCGCAAGUUGGUAGAGGUUGCAUUUUUUGGUUUAUUUUGUUGCACAGCCAAAUAGAGAAAGGAAGGUAUGAAGGUUUGAAGGGAAUGGGGACAACAAUGUUUGUCUUACUUUUUGGAUUUGUUGGGCUCCUUUUAGUUUUUUAAGGCAUUUUUGACAUUAUAAUUUAAUUAUUGUUGGAUUGGUAGCAGCUGAACCAAACUUAUUUUUGUAAGAGAAAUUCCUAUCUGCUACUCUCUUCUUUUAUUUCUUUAUGUAAAAUAUAAUAUAAUAUAUAUAUAUAUAUCUAUGUAUUAUUGUUUUCCAA